GGCGUGUUCCCGAUUUUUUUUAAUGACAGUACAUAAGCAGGUAGAAUGAACAUUUUUAGGUCAAUGUUUCGGUGGGUUCAUUGAGGUAUAAUAAGAACGGGUAGGUUACCGGGAGUUUAGUGCAUAUUAUCCUGCAUGUGAAUUGAUGGUAAAUCGGGGCAUUAGUUGUGAUAUGUCAGGCAGUCGUCGAAUGAGGUAUCAUCUGAUGCCUACAGUAAGAUAGCGCACGUUGUAGGCUAAAGCUAGUAUACCAAUAUAAUUGUGUUUCAUAAGGGAAUUGAGUUGUCCAGAUUGCCUGUAGCCUAUUUGGUUUAGACAUUUUACUCGUGCGCCUAUUAUAUAUUUCCUGCUAUAGGCUUUGUUCAUAAUAUUCAGUAGUAUCGUACUGAUUUAUUCUAUUAUAAAGGUUCUCGUUACAUUUAGCCUAUUGAUUAAGCUGAUACUUCGACUGUUAUCUGUUAGUAAGUGGCAUAGUAGCCCAUGACUUAAUUUAAAUUGUUGGUGAGAGUCAAGACUAUUACACUUUUACAAUGGGAGUGGGAUCCGAAAAGACAUCAUCCACCACCAAGGGAGUCUACAAAGAGGAGACUGAUAUUGCUGUGAAAGCAUCCUUAAACGUGAAUGCUAUGUUAUCAAAGAAAGUGGGGCACGCGACAGCAGAAAGAGCCACCUGGGGUCGCCGCCUUGAGUUCGUCCUCGCGUCAGUGGGAUACGCGGUGGGACUUGGGAACGUGUGGCGCUUUCCAUACCUCUGCUACAGGAGCGGUGGAGGUGCCUUUCUCAUUCCUUACUUUCUCAUGCUGUUUCUGUGUGGCAUCCCCCUUCUCUUCAUGGAGUUUGCUAUUGGGCAGUACACCCGUCUGGGACCGGUGCAUGCUCUAGCCACAAUCUGCCCCUUGUUCAAAGGUGUGGGCAUUGCCACAGUCGUGAUCUCCUUUGUGCUCUGCACCUACUACAACGUUCUUAUGAGCUGGGCACUCUACUACUUCUUCAACUCAUUCCGAGCCAUCUUCCCCUGGCAGUCCUGCAACAACACCUGGAAUGCCGUGGGUAACUGCUCCAGCGGUUUUCCUGGAAACGCCACCCACCUGCAAUCAGCCAGUCAGCAGUACUUUGAUCACAGGGUUCUGGAGAUAACCAAUGGUAUUGAGGAUGCAGGAGGACUACGCUGGGAGCUGUUUGGCAUCCUCAUCCUGGCCUGGGUCAUAGUCUACUUGUGCAUCUUCAAAGGCGUCAAAUCAACUGGCAAGGUUGUUUAUUUCACAGCCACGUUCCCAUACUUUAUUCUGUUCGCCUUGCUCAUCAACAAUGUCCAGCUUCCCGGGGCCAAGGAUGGGAUGCUCUACUUCCUGAAGCCUAAGUGGAGCAAGCUGCUUGAAGUUCAGGUGUGGGUUAACGCUGCAGCCCAGGUAUUCAACUCCAUUGGAAUUGGAUUUGGCUCCAUGAUCUCCAUGGCCAGUUACAACAAGUUCAACAAUAACAUCCUUAGGGACACAUUGAUUGUCUCUUUAGCUAACUCGGCCACCAGUAUCCUGGCUGGCUUUGUGAUAUUCUCAGCAAUCGGCUACAUGGCUCAUGUACACAACCUCCCAGUGGAAAACAUCGCCACAGAUGGUCCUGGCUUGGUGUUUGUGGUGUAUCCAGAGGUCUUCUCCACUAUGCCUCUGCCACAGUUGUGGGCUCCUCUGUUCUUCUUCAUGCUUCUCUGCCUGGGACUGGACAGCCAGUUUGCCAUGGUGGAGGUGGCGGUGACGUCCAUAAUAGAUGGCUUCGGCCCUAAGGUGCUGCGUGUCCUGAAGAGACAGGAGGUCAUUGUUCUGGCCGUCUGUGUUAUGGGCUUCCUUCUAGGCAUUCCUCACAUCACUAAGGGGGGCAUGUAUGUGUUCCAGCUGAUGGACCACUACACUGCUGUGGUGUCGCUCAUGUUCCUGUCCUUCUUUGAAGUCAUCGCUGUCUGCUGGGUUUUCGGAUUGCGUCGGAUGACCAUCAUGAUCAAGAGAAUGUUGGGAAAGGCUCCCAACAUCUAUUUCCGCUCCUGCUGGAUGGUGUUCUCCCCUGUGCUGGUCCUGUGCAUUCUGAUCUCCAGCAUCAUCCAGUACACGCCAGCUCGCUAUGGGAAGUCAUACACAUACCCUGUCUGGGCAGAGGUGGUGGGCUGGGGAAUCUCCCUGGUCUCCAUUGUGUGGAUCCCACUGGGAGCCCUGCAAGAGAUCUGCAGAAAUAAGGGCUCACUGCUGCAGAGAAUAAAAACAGCUGUGACUCCUACAAUAGAGUUGGAUCCUGUCAACCAUCUGCCAGAGGAGCAGAGCGAAGACACACCGGAGUCUGUUUUCUUGUCUAUCAUCACUCCUCUGUAACCACAGCCAGUAUGUCUAAGUACUUGCGUGCGUGAGUCAGUGUGACUGUGAGUGCUCUAUUGGUAUGGGGAGGUGUGGGUUGUUAGGUAGUUUACAGUUUAUGUAAAUAGCAUGUUUACGUGUUUUACCCUUGUCCCUCUGGUAAUCUCUUCAACCAACACCUCUCCCCCUGGACAUAACAUAUUUUGUCUCCCAAUUUGAUUUUGAAUUCCAUGACCUCAAUGGUCCAGAUAGAUCUUUGGCUGAGUAACUCUUUGAACCAACAUUGCUAUCUUGUGGCUGUUUCAAAGUUUUUAUUCACAUCGUGAGGUUCAUUUGAGGCUCAUGUGAAUAGUGAACUCAGCAAUUGACUGAACAAACACUAGGCUGGUCUAAUAUAAAAACAUGCAUAUGAUAUUUAUUCCUCUCCUAGAAAGAUAAUAUGCAAUUAGAUGUAUGGCGGUUAUAUGGUGUGCCUUUUACUGAUAACUGUAAGGAGGGGAACCACUGCAGUGUUGCCAUGACCAGUAGUGUAAAGUUCUUAAGUAAAAAUACUUAUGUUGUUUUUUGGGUAUCUGUGCUUUGCGUUAUUUUGACAACUUUUUUAUUUUACUUCACUACAUUCCUAAAGAAAGUGAUGUACUUUUUACUCCAUACAUUUUCCCUGACACCCAAAAGUUCUCGUUACAUUUUGAAUACAGUACAUAGCAGGACAGGAAAA